ACAAACAUUCAUAAGUAUCGCUGGCUUGGCGUGCACACUAUUGCGAGUGCUGUCAUCUCUAGUAGAAAACUUUAAAGUCAUUCCCAGGAGGCAGCUUUUAGCAGUAACAGAUUAAAGUCCAACCAUGGUUCCAGCCACGAAGAAUCCGUCGCUUCAGCAGCUUCUCGUCGCUGAAAUGUUUCCCAAGGAGCUCAGCCUGAGCGCAUAUCAGCGCCAGAUGUCCGAACUUUUGAUCGGGUACAUUUGCCAGGGCCAGUACCAGGAGGCCCAGGGUAUCCUAAACGCCAAAAGUUGCAACUUGCCACCCUGGCAGACGGUCGUGCUGCGCAGCCUUGUGCUCCGCCUGCAACUGCGCCACAAACUGCAGCGUGGCGAGCAUAUCGAGUUGCGUGGCGUUUUGAACGAGCAGCAAAAGGUCGGAGUGAGCGCAUUUCUGCAAAACAAAAUGAUGGCCGCGUUCUUCAAAGCGAAGCUCGAGCAGCUGUACAAGGAAGUGGAGCUGACGCUCGAGCCAGUGGGGCAGAAAGUGGAAUUGAAAGUGCUCCACUGGGAGCAGGAGCUCCAUCGUCAGAUGGCCAUGGGGGACAACAAAAGAUUCAACAAAAUGUGGGGCUUUAUGAUCGCGUCGCUGGUCGCUGUGUUCGUGGCACUGUGGAUGUGAGGCCGCGACUCGAGGAAGACAAACAACGAAAAUACUUUCACCUGCUGCUCCAGACGAUUCAAUUAAAUGCAAUUCGCACGCACACAUGCGACGGCCAGGAGCUGGAGGACUGCCAUCCUGUCACGGCGCCUUUCUCUUUUUUGAAAAAUAGAUUUCCAGAA